AUGGAUAAAGAUGCUAAUUCAAAAAUCCAACUCCCUCCUGGAUUUAGAUUCCACCUUUCUUAUGAGGAGCUAAUUGUUCACUAUCUGAGAAACAAAGUGACAUCAUCACCCCUUCCUGCUUCAUUCAUAGCAGAAAUAGAUCUUUACAACUAUAAUCCAUGGGAGCUCCCAACUUUGUUUGGGGAGGAUGAGUGGUAUUUCUUUACUCCUAGAGAUAGGAAGUAUCCCAAUGGAAUGAGGCCUAAUAGAGCAACUACUUCUGGUUAUUGGAAGCCUACCGGGACUGACAAACCCAUUUUCACUUCCUGUGGGAUGAAGAGCAUUACUGUCAAGAAGGCACUCGUGUUCUACAAGGGUCGUCCACCAAAGGGAUCGAAAAUCGACUAG